UUUUCUCUCUCUUCUAGUUCCAGUCUCCGACUCUCCAGACGACCAUUCACUCUAGCUCUCAUUUCAUUUUCAGCCCAAAUUUCUACUGCGUUUCUCUCUCCCUCUCUCUCUGAGCGUCGAGCGAUAUACAGCCGAACACAUCAAAAGUAAAAAAGAAAGGGCCCAUCGGAUACCUCCAUUCAUUAGACGUCUUCAGGGUUUCUGAACUUCGUGGGAAUUGAUCACGCUGUGAAGCCAAAGCUUGAAAUAAUGGCAAGGAUCAAACCUCAAGCUCUGCUACAACAAAGCAAAAAGAAGAAGGGGCCUACUCGAAUAAGUGUCACUACUAUCAUAUUGUGCAAUUUGAUUGUUGUGUUGAUUGUCUUUUUCCUGUUUUCAGCAUACAGACACUGGAAUCAAAGGUCAAGAUUUCAAACAGAUGAUCACUUAUCAGUUUCUGAGGAUGAGAACGCAUUUGUGGAUCCAAAAAAAUCCGAUGUCCCUGGAUAUGCUGUUUUGAAUACCUCAAAAGGGUACAUAACAGUGGAACUUUACAAGGAAAGUUCUCCUGAAGUUGUUGACGAAUUCAUUGAGUUAUGUCAGAAGGGGCACUUCAAGGGAAUGCUUUUUAACCGUGUUAUAAAACACUAUGUCAUUCAAGCUGGGAAUGCUCAAGGGGUUGGAGCUACAGAAGAUUGGACUUCGAGAGGAAAGCAUUAUGAUCAUCUUGACACAAGUCUGAAGCAUGAGGCAUUCAUGCUUGGAACUUCAAAGGGUAAACGUGACGACAAAGGAUUUGAUCUUUUCAUUACAACUGCCCCCAUCCCAGAUUUAAAUGAGAAACUUAUUGUAUUUGGGCGGGUCAUCAAGGGGGAGGAAGUUGUUCAGGAAAUCGAGGAGGUGGAUACAGAUGAAAACUAUCAACCUAAAUCCUCUAUUGGCAUCAUCAAUGUGAAACUCAAACAGAAAAUCUGAAGGCUCCCCAUCUUGAUUAAGAGCAUUUUAGCUCUGCUUCCUCCUCUCCAGAUAAUUAUGUUCACAGGGACCUGGUGCAGUUUGUAAUUCUCAUCCCGGGGUCAUCAGCGAAGGAUAUUAUUAAACCAUGAUGCUGAUCUUGGCUUUGUUGCAUGUUUCGGCUAAUCAAGAUCUUGUCAAUUCUCUUUAUGCAAGUUGCUUGGAAGGCUUUAUAACGCUAAUCUUCAUUGUAUUACAAGUUGGAUGUAAUUUUUCACAUAGGUUUAUGAGAUUAGAGUAGGGUUUCUUUGAUUUUGAGAGGGUUUUUUUUUUUUUUUCUUUGAAGUUGGCUGGAUGCUGAAAAGCUUAGCACUGUUCUCAAUAUAAUUCACCGUAAAAACACUGAUUCAGUUCGAUAUAUAUGAAAUGAAAGAUCAUGAUACUCAUUUCCAUUUGCA